CCUGUGGUACAGGAGAUCUCGAUUCUCCACGCCCCCCAAAAGAGCGGUUACAGCCGGCGAGAAUGGCCCUCGAAUACUUCCUUGGACGUCUUACAUGCCGCGCAGAUACGUGUACGUAUGUACACGGACGCGCAUUACGGCGCUGAAAAGCGACAACAGGUAGCCUCGUGGAUUCUUCGCGCAGCUCUAGAAGAUGGCCUUACGACACUUCACCAUACCAAGUCGAGUACAAGACGACACCGGGAGGUGCGAUGGUUUUGCAGGACUAGCAACUUGAAAGCGAUAGUACACAUACACGGUCCUCCGUCCAUCAUGCCGAAGACACCGACGUUGCGCCCUACGCCGUCCCCUCGGUUUCACCCCUACUCGCGACAAUUGCAGCGUGCUUGGAGACGCGAAGUGCGAUUCCGCGAGACUGUAUCAGGGUACCCAUCGUGGCUACUCGAUAUGAUUUUGCAUAUUCUCAACGGUCACUACAACUAGCGCGAUAUGUAGAAGCAUUGCUCCCUCCGCUUCGACAACCUUUCGGUGCUUGGUACACAUACAACCAGUGUUUCGAGUUUGUCUGCAUUUCUGUGUCAAUCUUUGCUUUCGUGCUGCUAU